AAAAAAAAAUAUAUUGUCAUUAUAUGCAUUCAAUGUGCAUUAUUUUUCUCCUUUAGUAGUUGCGCGAUAAAAAUUUAUUCAAAAUCAAAACCGGGUUGAUUUUAAAAUAGCAAAUAUUUGAAGACUAAAAAAAUUUCGAAAGUUCUACAGCGACAAGAAGAAUCUGCCGAUUGUUCUAUUGUAUUGUAUUCUCUUUUUCUAAAGGAAAACUUUUAAAAAUUAAAUCAAUAAAUUGCGCGAAGAAAAAAUACAAUUUGUAUGCAAUACCAAAGAACAAGUUGUAGCCAUUGAAAUGUGUGAUCCUCAGAUUAUGUGCGAUGUGCCAGACGAAUGUACAUUAACAGGACAAUGUAAUUCCAGUAGUAACGGUUGCGGUGACAAUUCAGGUUGCUGCUAUCAGACGGUAUGGACACAGCCAAGGCCGAUACUUCCACACGGUUUCUCAGUACAAUCGCUAACGCCGGUGAAAACUGAACCCUUAUAUAGUCGAUUGUAUACAAAUAGUUGUGGUGAGGAAUGGGGUUGGCCAUUCCAAAACUUAUCCACUGUUAAAGCAUCGGUACAAAAUUGCACCAUACAAAAACUAUCUUACGUGCCGCAUUCUUAUGCUGCACGUAACCAACAGUGUGAGAAUGGGUCUUCAUAUGGUAUGACGGAGCCGAUUUUGCCCUCUCUAGGCGUAUGUAGGCCUAUUUCUCCUCUCGACUGUUGCACAGUAAACAAAUUAUCCUAUAUGCCGCUUAACAUGUGCCUAACCCCACAAACUAAACCUAUACCAAUUCCAGCUUGCCAGGAUGUGUCUUGGACUAAUUAUUGCUAGGCCUUCUCGCAUCAGAUUUCCAUAACUACCACUUAUCUCAAGAAGUUUUCGCAUAAAGGAAAGAACUAGAAAUAAAUCUUCAGGUUUAUGCUGCUCUCUAAUCAAUCUAAAAAAGUUUGAAUAAAUUUACAAUAAAUAUAGAUGGUAAAAACAAAAUAAAAAAAGUUUAUUACAAGACAAGAGAAUAUCAAGUAUGGACUAUAAUAGAACAAUAUUUUAGACGCAACAAGUUAUUCAGUUUACAGCAGUGAUGUCCGAUAUGCGGAGGCCAGCGUUUAAUACCUCCCUUAGAAAUUCCUAUAGGAAAACUAGCCCUGCAAAUUUGCUGUGACAUGCGUUUUCUAUUCCUCUCUAAUUCAACUGGCACGCAUUAUUCCUAUAUAUGCUGAAAUGACACAAAAAAAAAAAACAAAAAUGAAAAUGUAUAAACAUUGCCUUUUCUGCAAAUUUGGUUUCGGUCCAUCUACUUGGGUAUUGCACAGUUAAAAACAUCCGCGCGUCAGCUCCUCCGCACGUCAGCUCUUCCCUCCUCGCUGUGUUCGCUGUAUUCCAAUGAAACUCAACAAAAAAUUUUGACAGUCGAGUUCAAUUGAC